AUGGCUCAAAACGACCCGAAGUAUCAGAUUGGAGCAGAGCAGGCGCGGCAAAAUAUGAUGGUAGGGAUUUCGAUCGCUAUGACAUCCAUAGGAGCUAUUGUCGUUGGUUUUCGUCUCUUCACUCGUUCCCUAAUUGUGGGUCGCCUGUUUGCCGAUGACUGGGCUAUGGUCACGACAAUGGUCUUUUCGUUUGCAUAUCUGUUAGAAGUGUUGAUCGGGGCGAAGUCGUUCAAGGCUGGGUUUAGCGGAGCACAGCUGAGCGUGAGUGACAUGCAAGGCAUCCUUAAGAUCACGACCGCCAUCGUGGUGACUUACAAGAUGACGCUCACCAUGAUCAAAGUCUCCAUCUUGUGCUUCUACCUCCGCCUCGCGGUGCGCAGGACCUUUGAGCAGCUUUGCCAGUAUACUCUAGUACUAGUCGUAGUAUUCCAAGUCGUCGUGACCGCGGUGACGAUUGGGCAAUGCGUUCCGAUGAACAAGCUGUGGGACUUUACCGGUGCUGUGAAUGGGAAAUGUAUCAACACGAACAUAUUCUAUCACUUCGCGUCCGUCUUUCACAUCGUUACCGACAUCUGGAUCCUCAUCCUCCCAUACCAAAUCGUAACCCGCAUCGCUCGACCAUGGCACGAAAAGCUCUCUCUGAUCGCCAUCUUCGGCCUGGGCAUCUUCAGUAUUGCCGCUGCGAUUACUCGCCUCAGCUUCUUGCACAUCUUCACCGAGUCCAAAGAUCCAUUCUACGAUAGCCUUCCCAUCAACAUCUGGUCGAUGGUCGAAGUAAACACGAGCAUCAUCUGCGCUUCCCUACCUACAUUGAAGCCGCUAAUAAGUCGAUCGCAGCGCAGUAGGACUAGGGAGGUGAAUGGGUACACUGGCAAAAGCGACGCAGCGACACACGGUAGUAAUGGAACGGAGAUGUCGAUCACGAAAGAGACCAGAAUGGAUGUUUCGUUUACCGAGAGUUUAAGACCCCCUGUUCCGCCUAAGUCAAGCCAUAGCGAUUGGGACUUUGAUUCGAGUAUGGAUGUUUUCCGGGCAGCGAAGAGAAUCGAGGCGCAAUUUGUUUAA